UGAAAGCGUUAUCCACGUCCCUGCCCUGUACAGAUGAUGAAAUGAUGUCUGUUGCCGUUAAAUCCGCGCCAAUCCCGUCCUGCAGAAUCACUUUGCUCGAGCGGCUGGAGCAGUGAUCACGUCUCCGCGCGCGCAGCGGUGCUUAGUAGGAUACGUUGUAGGAUUACGUUUAUCUCAAACGUCUUACUGCUCAUAAGCAGACCUGCGAUGUAGCACAUCGCUGUCCAAUCUAAACUGAAAGGAAUAUUUCCAGACCAUUACAAGUUUUGAAUUUAAUGGAUUUUCUGAGGAACUCCUUCCCGCUCUAAGCGCUCCGUGUAUUUCAGGGAGUACCGGACCUCUAGGUGUGACCCGUCAUGCCGUUCGGGUGCCUUGUCCCGCGGGACGGCGGGAGGUCGAGUAACCUGCCUGACAUCACCGACAAAUAUGAGUUUGGGCAGAUUCUCAAGGCGAAGGAGUUCUGUGAGCUGUGCCUGGCUCGGGAGCGGCAGACGGGCCAGGUCUUCAUCUGCAAGAAGUUUCUGAAGAAAGACGGCAGGAAAGUGCGUCGCGCCGCGAAGAACGAGAUUAUGAUCCUGAGGAUGGUCAGCCACCCCAACAUCUUGCAGCUGAUAGACACCUACGAAACCAGGAAGGAAUACUUCAUCAUCCAGGAGAUAGCCACAGGAGGGGAUCUGUUUGACUGGAUCCUGGAUCAGGGCAGCUACACAGAGAGAGACGCUGCAAACGUCGUCCGCCAGGUGCUGGAGGCCGUGUCCUACCUGCACUCCCUCAACAUCGUCCACAGGAACCUAAAGCUGGAGAAUCUGAUGUACUACACCGAGAAUAACCAGAGUAAAGUGGUUCUGCGUGACUUCUACCUGUCCACGUUUGAGAACGGCUCCAUCACUGAGCCCUGUGGCACACCUGAGUACCUGGCUCCGGAGGUAGUGACUCGUCAUCGGUACGGACGGCCGGUAGACUGCUGGGCUGUGGGAGUUAUCAUGUACAUACUUCUGUCCGGAAACCCGCCGUUCUUCGAUGAGGCAGAGGAAGAGAACACGGACCUGCGCAACCGGGUGCUCUUCUGCCGCAUUGCCGCCGGCGAGUUUGAGUUCGACUCCCCCUACUGGGACGGCAUCUCCACUGCAGCCAAAGCUCUGGUGUGCAGACUGAUGGAGGUGGACCAGAUGCUGAGGGUCACUGCUCAGGAAGCUCUGGGCCAUGAGUGGAUCACAGGGCAGGGGGCCUCAGAGAGGAACCUGAAGGAUGUGGUGUGUGCGCAGUUUGCGAGGAACUUUGCCAAGUCCAAAUGGAGGAAAGCCCUCUGCGUCACCACGUUCAUGCAGCGGCUUCGCACACCGGAGCCCAGGUCCCCAGGAAGGGAGGGGGGCGAGAAGGGGGGGCACGGCGAGGACAAGGGGGCAGCUGCUCCCGGGGGCUCCUCCGAUCUCUCCCAACAAGCGAGGGAUGAAAAGGGCAGAGCGGACGGAGCAGAAGGAGAGGAAAGGAGUGAGAGUGGGACGAACAGGCCCGGUCCUCCAGUCAGCCCUUCGGUGGAGCGCAAUCCACCCUCUGCAGGAAACCCCCCCUUACCGCACACUCAAGAGAAUCAGGAGAGGGGGGGCAGAGAGAAGCACUGCUCUGAAGCCCAGUGGAUUCUGGGAAGGGCUGGAGCUGAGGAGGCAGAGCAGGAGCAGGAGGAAGAGUGCUCCAACGCUGCAGAAACUCACUCAGUGGACUCCUCCGACUAUAGCUCAUCCUCUGAGGUCUCCUGCCCAGGGUCCUCUGCUGUGACUACAGCGCCCCCUGCAGAUCAGCACAAGGCAGCACAACAACAACAGGAGCGAGAGGACGGGGACAGGGGCGAGAGCAUCUUUGGAAGCCGGUGCCAAAUUCCAGCGGGCACCGCGGAGGAGUUGGUGCAGCGGGGAAACGAGAGCUCUGAAGGCGGGGGCAGAACAGUGCGAGAUGUAGGAGGGGUGAGUCAUGACCUGGGGCAACCUGGGAGAAAGCAGGAAGAAGUGCAUUAUGGGUGGGAGGAAUCUGCAGGCAUGGGCUGUGCCUCAUUCCCUGUGGUUCAGGAACAGACUGAAGCUGCACUGUCCAAGGGACACCGCUAUACCUCUCGCUCUCCUGUAGGGGGAAACAUGCCCGCCAUGUUGGAGCAGAGAGAAAACCGAAAGGAAGAGACUCCCUCCGCUUCCUCCUCCGAAACCACAACUACCCGACCUCCCCCACCAUCGUCCCCCCCUCCCUCCCCACCUACCCACCAGCAGACUUUCUCUCAGGAAGGAAAGGAUGGCCCAGUGGCUGUUGGCAGGCCACGCCUACCACCCAGGGGAAGCCAGUCAGGUAGAGAACUCUGAGGUCCUGUGUUACGCAUGAGAAACAUGCUGACAGGUAUGCACACCUGUUUCUAUACCACGGGCAAACUGAUGUAAAUAUAGAGGUAUGCAUACACACGGUGUAUACAUGGCUAAUUCAACUUAGCAUCUGCUGGAUAAAGCAUACAUACUACAGUGCACCCUAGAAGGCAAAAUAGGUACUAGGUAGUAGGUACAGUACAGCCAUGUAGUGCUGAUGACCAAUUCAUAUGUACUGCACCCAGUUAGCAGCACCCCAGUACACUGACAGCAUGUGCGUGAGAAAUGAGGAAUGUGUGUGCGUGUGUGUGUGUGUGUGUGUUAUUGAAUGUGAAAUUAGCUGGUAAUGCAUCUUGGCACAGACUAAAAAGCUUGAUUGAAAGUCUGCAAAUUGUUAGAAUUUCUUCUGUACAGUUCAUGAAUAUCUUAUUUUACCUUGUAAAAAAUAUGUAUACAUAUAACCUGCCAUUGUAUUUAAGAUGGAUUUCCAACAGGUCUACUGGUAUGACUUUUGUUUUUCUGUUUGUCUUCUAUGCAGAUUAUUUUACAUUAUAUUCCAUUGAUGAAUGGCAGAUUAUGUAGCCCUAUAAACAGCCUCUGUUUGUGUCAUUAACUUGUCAUUAAUCUUACAGCUAUAAUACAAUAAAACUCUAAGUUAAAACUUC